UGCGCAGUGCAAAGAUGGCUCAAUCCAGAAGAAAACAUUAUGGAGUUUCCCUGUGCCUCGUGAUCUCCCUUUUUGUGGGUUCUCUAAACGCCGAGUGUUGCAAGGAGGGCGAGACGAAGGUCGAUGAGGAGGACUGCACCAAGUAUCAAGUCUGCUGCCAUGGCGAGUUCGUGUCCAAGUCCUGCGGAAGUGGCGACUACUGGAACUCGGAAAUCGAACUCUGCGAGAAGGACAGUGGCCAGUGCCAAGCGCCAAGUUGCAAAUGUGGAGAAAUCGAACCAAAUCCCGACGAUUGUGCAGGUUAUUUGGAGUGUGUGAACGGCACUUGGGUAAAUCAAAUUUGUUCGGAUGGAAACUACUUCAAUUCGACCCAGAACAAGUGCGUUGUGGACACGUGUGGAGUUUGCGUUAAUUGCACUGAGGGAAACGAAAAGGAGGAUCCCAAUGAUUGUGCCAGCUUUCUGAUUUGCCUCAAUGGCAAAUACGUGUCCAAGUCCUGUCCCAGCGGAGAGUACUGGGAUUCCGAGAUCGGGAAGUGUGAAUUGGACGAGGGUCAGUGCAAUCCCACUCCACCCUGCAAGGAGGGGGAAACCGAGGUGGAUCCCACGGAUUGUGCGGGUUACUUGAUCUGUUCGAAUGGAAUCCUUUAUCCACAGAGUUGCCCCGAAAGAGCUUAUUUCAAUGAAACCUAUAAGACCUGCAUUCCCGAUGAGAAGGGAGUUUGCCUGAAUUGCACAGAGGGAUCCUUGGAACCGGAGCCAUCUGACUGCACCAAGUUCAAGGUUUGCACAGGUGGAAAGUAUGUCACAAAGUCUUGUGAUGACGGGGAUUACUGGAACAACAAGACGAAGGUUUGUGAGAAAGAUAAUGGUCAAUGCAAUGGCAAUGGAUCUAAUUGCACUGAAGGCGUUAUCGAAGAAGAUCCUAACAAUUGUGCUGGUUACCUGAUCUGUUCGAAUGGCAGUCUGGUGGAAAAGCAGUGUGCCGACGGAGCUUACUUCAAUAAUUCCACUCAAACCUGCAUUCCCGAUGAGAAGGGAGUCUGCCUGAAUUGCACGGAGGGAACCUUGGAGCCCGAACCAUCCGACUGUACCAAGUACAAGGUUUGCACAGGUGGAAAGUAUGUUACAAAGUCCUGCGAUGACGGAGAUUACUGGAACAACCAGACGAAGCUUUGUGAGGAAGACAAGGGUCAAUGCAAUGGCAAUUCAUCCUCAUGUACUGAAGGCGAACUCGAAAGAGAUACUUCAGAUUGCGCUGGUUACCUGAUCUGUUCGAAUGGAAGCCUCGUGGCAAAGAAGUGCCCUGACGGAGCUUACUUCAAUACGACCCUGAAGACUUGUGUCCAGGACACCGAUGGAGUCUGUCUGAAUUGCACCGAGGGCGCGAAGAAGGCCGAGCCCAGCGACUGUGCCAAGUACCAGAUCUGCGCCGGUGGAAAGUACCAGGUGAUGUCCUGUGCCAGCGGCGAGUACUGGAAUAACAAGUCCACCAUCUGCGAGAAGGACAAUGGCGAGUGCCACGGCAACGCCACCUGCACUGAGGGUGCGGUGAGGGAGAACCCCGCCGAUUGCACCGGUUAUCUGGAGUGCAUACACGGCGACUAUGUGGCCAGGCAGUGUUCCGCGAAGGAGUUCUUCAAUGCCACGUCGAAGGAGUGCGAGGUGGACACGGAUGGCGUGUGUAUACCCAAGACCUGUGAUCCCGAUUGCUGCGACGUGCCCAACAACUCCAUCUGGCCGGUGGAGAACAACUGCUCGGCCUUCUUCUAUUGCGUGGAUGGCGCUAAAAUCGAGCAGAGGUGCCAGUACAACCUGCAGUUCAACAACAAGACGGACCAGUGCGACUAUCCCGAGAACGUGGGCUGCGACGACGGAUCCGCUCCGCCCAGUGGACCCACCGCCGGUCCCUCGGGAACCUACUGCGAGAGCCAGGGCGAGUGCGUGGGCAAGCGGGACGGCACCAUGCUCCCCGAUCCCAGCGGCAAGUGCAGCUCCUCCUACGUCGUCUGCCAGUGCGAGUGCGAGGUGAACUUCAGCUGCUCCUCGGGGCUGCUCUUCAACAAGGCGGUCAACUCCUGCGACUGGCCCGAUAAUGUAGAUUGUGUAGACCAAAUUCCAAGGAAAACUGUUGAUCUAAGCACACAAUUAUCGUUGUCGGAAUCCAAUUCACCAGAGUGUUUGACUUCUUCGGAAAUGGAUUCCUCAUAUUGUCUAACCUUAUCGAAUGGAUUUUAUCAAUAUCCGUAUGACUGCAGCGCAUAUAUAUCUUGUAAUGAUUCAUGCGCCGAUUUGGAGUACUGUCCGGAUGGAAAACUUUUCAACAGUCCUUUGCGCAUCUGCGAUACUCCAGAAGCAGUCGAUUGCAAUCCGAUGCCAUAUCCAACACCUCCAUCCACGGAAUUACCACCAGAGAAUCCCUGUGAGGGCGUAAAAAACAACACUUUGAUUCCCUCCGCUGAUAAAUGUAAUGAAUUCAUUGUUUGUGUAAACCAGCAAAGUGAAGUGUAUAGAUGUCCUGGUGAAUUGCUUUUCAAUCCCGAUCUUAAAGUUUGUGAUGAUAAGGAUAAUGUGUUGUGCUACGGUGACCGAACUACCGAGGAUCCUUUGACAACAACAGGGAAUGUUGAGGAAUCCUUUACAAAAUGCGAGGGUCAAAAAGCAGGAACAACCUAUCCGUAUAUUGAAAAUUGUCAAGAAUAUUACUACUGCUGGGGAAACAAUUCCUACAUAAUUCUGCCCUGUCCCGUUGAAAAUUGGUUUAAUCCGAUGAGCGGCAAUUGCGGUCCUGAAAUAUCACCCAAAGCUUGCAGAGAUUUGGUGGCUACAACUGCUUCUCUUUCUACCACUCCAAUUUCUACCACAGAUGCUCCCAAAACAACGGAAGUCACCGAAGUGAAUCCCUGUGAAAAUCAGGAACUGGGAGCAAGUUUCCCACUGAAAACCAACUGCCAAAUGUAUCUUUUAUGCCUAGGAAGUGGCCAGUCGACUACAGCAAAAUGUCCAUCAAAUGCCUGGUUCGAUCCAAAAACUGGCGACUGUGGACCAAAUGUAUCGCCAACUGCUUGCCAGGAAUCAGAAACAAUCACCACAACAGUUGCCACAACUCAUUCGAGUAAUCCCUGUGCCGAUCAGGAGUUGGGAGUAUCUUUUCCAAUGGUGACGAAUUGCAAACAAUAUAUUGUGUGCAUGGGAAAUGGCGAAUCCUCCGUGGCUAAUUGCAUUUAUAAUGCCUAUUUCGAUCCGCAAACUGGAAAUUGUGGACCCGAAGUUUCACCAACGGCUUGUAAGGAAACUGAAUCCACGACAAGUCCUGCAACCACUUCUCCAACAACAAUUGCAUCCACUUGGUUGACCACCUUACCCACAAUUUAUCCAGAGGAAACAACAGAAAUACCAUCGGAUACUUCAGGUAUUUGUACUGGACAGAUCGAUGGUUAUUAUGCCACUUAUCCCGAGGACUGCAGCAAAUAUAUAUUGUGUGCUAGUCCAGUGCCAAUAGCAUUUUACUGUCCAGAAGGAUUGUUUUUCAAUGAAGAGCUGCAAAAUUGUGUGGAAUGGGAAUCGAGCGAGUGUCCCAAAGAUGAUACCACAACUGCAUAUCCUGACCUUACAACUCUCAGUCCAGAAGAUUCGAUCUGCUUUAAUAACUCUGGUAAUAACUUGCCCUACCAGGAAAAUUGCCAAUGGUUUAUAAAAUGCGUGGAUGAUAGUUCUUAUAUGAUGGGGAUCUGCAGCAGUGGCGAGUUUUUCGAUCCUUUGAGUGGAGAAUGCGGCUUUGAUGUCUCACCGGAAGCCUGUCGUGAAUCCUUCACCACUGUUGUUACAGAAACCACACAGGAAUCGACCACAGUCACCACCGAAAGUACUCCAAAAACCGAAGUAGAUCCUUGUGAAGGAGCUGCUGAGGGAAAACUGGUUCCCUAUCCGGAUGACUGUACAAAGUUUAUACAAUGUGUUUGGCCCACUCCAAAGGUCUACGACUGCCGCGAAGGUCAGGAGUUCAGUGCCUCUUUGGAAAGGUGUAUGGCUCCGUGGUACGCGAAUUGUUCGAUUCCUGCCACAACUACAACUGCCUUUCCCAUCACAACAACCACAUUGCCGUCGCAGGAUGGCUUUUGUGAGGGCAAAGGCGAAGGAUCUUUGGUUCCUUACCCCGGGAACUGCAGCAAGUACAUUGUUUGCCGGGAUCCCAUUCCAGUGGGUUACGCUUGUCCGGAGAACGAGGAAUUCAGUCCCACAGUUUUGACCUGCAUGGAUGCUGAACUGGCUAACUGCAAACCCAGUGGCUUAAGACUUCUUUCUACUAAUUUGUUAACGAGAAAGUACUCAAAUGGGCAGACCGUUUCACUUUGGCAGUCUUUUAAAAGGAUUGCAAAUUGGUUUUCGUUUUAAAGCCACAGAAUUGAGUUGUACUUCUUUAACAAACAGCCAUGACCUGAAAUAAGGUUACAAAACAAAAAUACAAAAAUUUAUUUUUAUGAUACAACCGCUUCUAUAGAAAUAACCGGUGAAAAUAUGGAUAAAUAA